UCCAAAUCGAAAUGUUGUCUAAAUUGGGUUGUCUGUUGUUUGUUCUCUCGUUUGGGAAUAGCUUUUGUACAAGUCAGGAUGAUCUGCCAGAGAUAGACACGCCUUUGGGCAGAGUUCGGGGAUAUUGGAAGACAUUAGAAGGCAUAACUUAUGCUGCUUUUGAGGGAAUCCCGUACGCAAAACCACCAGUGGGCGAUUUGAGGUUCGAGGAACCUGAACCCAUAGUGGCUUGGUCAGAAACCUUGGAAGCAAACACUCUUCACACAUGCAUUCAAGCUGGGCUGCGUGCUCCUGAAACAAUAUCUGGAGAAGAAGAUUGCCUCUACAUAAACGUGUACAUCCCUGAAGGGUCUGUGAAGAACCCCAAGGCACUCGAUGUGAUAGUGUCAAUCCAUGGUGGUGCCUUUGUGGCGGGUGCUGGACAUAAGGCUUUUAAUACAUUCCUAGAGAACGACGCUGUGCUCGUAUCUUUCAAUUACCGUCUUGGUAUUCUAGGAUUUCUAAGCACGGAAGACGACGUCAUACCCGGCAACAACGGACUGAAAGACCAAGUCUUGGCACUCAAGUGGGUCAGGGACAAUAUCGCUUCGUUCGGGGGAAACCCCCACUCCGUCACCAUAGUCGGCCUAUCAGCGGGCGGAGCCAGCGUCCACCUCCACUAUUUCUCCCCCCUCUCAGAAGGAUUGUUCGUCAAGGGGAUUUCGCAGAGUGGUUCGGCUCUAGCACCGUGGGUGAUCAAGAAAAACGCCUUACAACGUGCCAAGAAGCUCGCAGUUUUAGUCAGCUGCCCUGACAGUCCCUCAGAAGAACUGAGGAGCUGUCUCAAACAGAAACCAGCGCAAGCGUUGCUGAAACAAUUGGUAAAUUUCCAAGGUUCCGACAACUUGGCGCCAAUAAUACCUUUUGCCCCAGUUGUGGAAAAUAAAUCAGCAAACGCUUUCUUAGACGCAGAUCCUUACCAGCUCUUGAAGGAAGGUAAAGUUCAUGAUGUGCCUUGGAUAACUUCCUUUACUAAUGAUGAGGGACUGUUUGUUACGGGAUAUUUCUGGCAAAUCUUGGAAGAGGUAGACGAGAGAUGGGUAGAACUAUUUCCGGAUCUGCUGGUAUACAAUGACACUCUAGAUGCAUCACAAAUGGAGACAGUACCGAAGGAAGUUUUGGACUACUAUUUGGGAGCAGGAGAAAAUAUCAAUAAGAAGAACUUCAAAAAAUUUACGAAGAUAUUAACCGACAGGUUGUUUGCUGUCCCUGCAGAACUGUCAGCUAAACUGCACGCCAAUGUAACCAAAUCUCCUGUAUAUUUUUACAAAUUCAACUACACUGAGGGUGAAAAUAAAUUCACCGACUUCUUACCAGAUGCUCAAGGGGUAGAAGGUGUGGCCCAUGGCGACGACGGAAUCUACUUCUAUGGGGUGAAGCAUAUAAAUUCGUUAUCAGAACAGGAUAAACGCAUGAUUACUGCUUGUCAUAACGUGUUGUACUCGUACGCCACCAGCGGUAUUCCUUCUUUCGAUGGGACAGACACUUGGCAAGCAACGGGAUCUGAAGAGCUGACUUACUUGCUUGUAAAUGGACCAGAAGACAUGAAGCUGCACAAGAGUGAAAGCCUGACUCCUGUUGACUUUUGGACCAAACUCGGAUUCCCGGAAUUUGAAAAUGAUGUUGUAAAAGACAAACCGUAGUUUCCCUCCAGUAUCUUAUUUCAUAGACAAUUUUAAAUUAUUCUUACGAAAUAUUCUCUAUAUUAUAUUUAUAAAGCGUAUGCAAGAAAAAAAUUAAAAAAAAACAAAUCAUUAAGUUUU